AUGCCGAUGCAUACACAUUGGACUCGAACUCUACCCAGUCGAUGGUUCCUGUGCACUUGGCUGCUAGCAAGCAGCUGCGCCAUCUUAUGUAGUUCUGCAAGACACCUGGACCCAUUCUUUUGCAUCAACCUCUGCGGUUGUGUCUUCAGCUUGCAAGCGCGACGUGCACUCCGAGCUACUUCGUGCAAGCAAGGCUGGAUCCAGAAGAGUCGCUCCGCAGGCGGUCGGCGCUGCAAAGGACAUCGCCGACAGAAGGCCCGGAGAAGGUUGCGCGCAGCGCUGCAAAUAUGUGGCUGGAUUUGGUUGUUGGUCUGCGGAUGUCGCGGCUCCUCGUGGACCUCAGUGGGCUAUCAAGCGGCACGCUUAGGCAACGCCCGAGGGGAGUCGGCGCGAGGGCGACGCAGGCGAAAGCCGCGCACUGCGAAGAGCAAGGUGGUGCGGCAGAGCGAAAUAGGGGCCUACUUCCUGCUCGUGCCGGGCCAGGGCGGGUGUCUGUUCUACACCGUGAGCACGGAGGUCAGUGGCGGGCAGAAGUGGACACUUAGCUGUGCCCUUGGUUGUCGCCGUGCCGAGCAACUGGACGUCGUGUGUUGUGUUGAUCUCUGCGGGUAUGGCUUCCGCGUGCAAACCCGACGAGACGUGCGAAAAGGGUGUCCUCAAGCCCAGACGGCGCCGAGAUGGUACCUACCUCGAAAGGUCCGAAAUCGAGAGCAGCAUGCCGUGAACGGCAAUCCUGAAGCCGCCGAGACGCUGCAAGCGCGAAUUCGGUCGAAUGUUGUACACAUGCCGGGAGACGGUUGGUGCUUCUUCUACGCCGUGAGCCGGUACUUCAAAGGCAGCACACACUCGGGCCAUGGCACACCCGCCGAAAUCUAUUUGCAAGCCAUUGAGUGGUUGUUGGCGGCCCAGCACGGGCCACGCGCAGGCGCAGUCGCAACGGCGUGUGUCCCGUUCGACGACGACGAAUUGCAGCUGCGUGAGCACUUCCUUCGACAACAGCCGACGGCCGUCAAGACUGCGCCCUCGAACACGACUGAAGUAGUCUUACUCAGUAAACUCCAUGCAGUGUUGCUCCAGCCGGACAUGUUAGAUUCGAUCCACCACGCUUCUGCCGGUGUGGAGUUGUGGGCUUUGACCCAGCAGUUCGAUUUUGAAUGUCUCAUUUGGGGUGCCCAAGCGAAUGUGAAUUACUGGGUCCGGUCCAUGGAGUGCCUCACCGACCAGGAAGCACAUGCAAAGUUGCGACACCAUAGCCCCGUGUUGGAGCUCGUACAUCGAGACAUGGGUGUCACCGGCCACUACGACUUGGUGGAACGUAGCCAGAACAUCGGCGACCCCUUCCCAAGCACGCCUUUAGUUGAAGCUUUUCGUGCACAGGGUGCCAGAGCCGUCUUAGAAGCAGUCCAACAGUUGCUGGGGGCGGCGCAACCUCCGUUGCCGGCGCCACAGGACAACUUCUGCUGGGACGAGAUCCAUGAAGAAGUUGGGGCCGCCCUAGACUCCGAGGCCGAAGCCGUCGACGUAGACGUCGAGAGCGUGGAAUCUUGGGAUUCGGAGGGAUCCAUGUCUUCGAACGACCUUGAUCAGGGAUUGACAGUGGAACCUCAUCGCCACUGGUGCACGAAAGAAGAUUCAGAUUUGGAACGCACUCAAAACCUAGCCGCAGCCCUGAAGGACCACCCCCUGCUGCCUCCGAAAUUGCCAGGAUUCGAUGCGCACGAAGCCGAUCAUACUUCGGGGAUCUUAUUUCCCAAUGUGCACUGCGCCAUCCAAGGCUGUCGCUGGUGCUCGAGAGAAGACCCUUGCCAACCCAAUUGGACACACGCACGGGUGACGCAAGUGCAAAAACAGCGCUGGACCGAGCGUCCACAGACCUGCUGUGGCGAUGCCACGAGUUGUUUGCGUGCGCAUCUCAGCACCGCACACAAAGACCUGUUUGCGGGGGUGCGCCCUAGCGAGUUGCUGUCCGACUACCUAGCCGCUGUCGCUCUGACAGAGAAGCAACAAGUACCACGCGUGGGAUGGAGCACGGACCGACGGACAUUUCACCGCUUGGCACGAGAAGUCACAGAGCAACACAUGGAAGGCUUGAUUUGCGCAUGCUGCGCACGCAUCCACGUGGCCGCCAACCACGGAGAAACUGGAUUUCAGACCGUGUCGGACUUGUUCUCCAGCCUCACCGAGGACA